UCUAUGCAAUCAGAUAAUGUUGAGAUCAAAACAAAGCUUAACGUACUACUUUUACUUGUUUGUGUUUAUUUUGUAGUGUUAUUCGUAAUUAAUUAAUAAUUAGCAAUAAUGCCACCUAAAAAUACGGGAAAGAGGGCAAAAAGCAAGGAGUUCCCUUCAACAGACAACUUGUCACAGUUUGCUCUGCCCAGUAGUCUAUCAUGUUCAGAAGUCGAGUUUCCCAUUUUAAUUCCUACCAGAAAAAAUAAGGCUAACUGGGCUGAUAUUUUACGAGGGAGUGACGAAAAGAGACAGGAAAUUAAAAACUAUACUGAGCGGAAUGUACCUCCGGUGCCCAAAUCACCGUUCCUUGAUGUUGAAAGUGAAUACAUAAAAGAAAAGGUGUUUCCUUACCUCAUUCCUGCCCUGGAGGAGACACUGAAAAAGGCACAAGUAUGGAAUGUGUUUGAGGCACAAAAGUCUUUCUUCAACGGAAUUGAUCAUAUUGUGCAGGUAUUAUGGAAUAGUAAUCCUUUGUAUCCAGAACGCAAAAAGCAAAACUUACAUUUAUUUAAUAUGCCCUGGGUUCGUGAAUCCUUGGAACAGAAGCCAAGACCAUACUAUCCCAAAUCCUGGCUAUGGCCUGAGGACCACGCUGCUGCGGUAAUACAGGCGUCUGUCCGCCGAUUCUUCGUCCAGCGCGACCCAGAAGUACAGGAGAUGAGAGAAUUCUGGAGGAAAUUGGCUAUUGAGAAAAACAGGCCAGGCAUAACUACAAACCCACUACUUGCUAAAAAGUUUGCUUUAGUGCCAUCCCCAAAAUGAGAAUCUACUCUAAAUACUGUUAAAAUAAAAUGCUGAGACAUA